AUGAAUUAAUAUUUGUCUGUUGCAUUUAACGUUAAUCCUUACAUAAAAUUACAAGCAUAAAAUCAUUCUUUAAAAUUAAUUUAAUUUCCUCUUUCCUCCUCCCGCUUUUCACAUCCACUUUUAGAUAGCUAUUAUUCCCUUUUCUAUUGA